AGCCAGACAAGCUCCUCCAGACACCAUGAACAAGAUUGUGGUCUACGAGCAUAUUAAUUUUCAGGGCCGCAGCAAAGAGUUCACCUCAGCUGUUCCUGACCUAAUUAAUGAGGGUUUUAAUGACAUCAUCUCCUCUGUAAAGGUGUUCGGGAAACCAUGGCUGGCAUUCCAUGAUAACAACUUCAAAGGCGAAGAGUACGUCUUUGCGGAAGGAGAAUAUGGUCAUGUGCCAGUAAAUGAUGUGAUUUCAUCACUGAAGAUAGUGAACGAUGACCUGUCAGAUCCUAAGAUCACACUGUACGAGCUUCCAAACUACCAGGGCCGCAGUAUCGUCCUCAACGCUGAGACCUGCUUGAGUGAUGUCGAUUUCAAUGAUACAGCAUCUUCUCACAGGGUGCAGAGAGGAAUCUGGGUCCUCUACGAGCAUACGAACCGAGAGGGAGCUCAGAUGGUGGCCAAAGCUGGGCAGGAUGUUCCUCAAUAUACCAAGCUGAACAAACAAGUGAGCCACGUGCGUCCUGUCACACCAGGAAGAGUAGAAGAGUAUGAAAAAUCAGAAUCAGCUCAAGUUCAACAUUUUUAUGUGUUGACAGUUGGUUGAGGGUGACAUUUUGGUGCGGGUACCAAUCGGGGAUUUAGUCAUCACUGAAUAUCUGUUAAAUUUCAUCAUCCAGUUGCUCCAAAGUUAAAUUUAUGUGGAAAUAUGAAUGAAAAGGUAAUUAUAAUAAAUGCACGUUUUCAAAUGUAUGAUUGUAAUGGAAAUGAAUGACUGUUUCAGUUCUUUCAGUUUAUGUCCUAUUGUUUUAAGUCACCCUGAAUUCCUUAAACUCUGAUCUUGUUUAAUCUGAUGCUGUUGUAAAUGUUUGAUGUGAAUGAAGAUGUCAAAACUUUAUUUCUCAUUACACAUUAUAACAUAAGGAAAUUGUUUUAUGGAUUUAAUGUGACUGAUUGAUAACCGUGGUACCAGCUCUCUCACUCUCCUGAUUCGUUCAUGCACUAUAAUACAGAAAUUAAACUUCUUGUGCAUGAUUUAAAAUAAAGAAAUAAAUAUACAA